AUGGCCCCUCAAAAUAAACGACCAGUCUUGACCAGCACACUAUCUGCCUUGUUGUCGACGGCUACACGUUCACGUGCUACCUCAAGGCCGGCCCCAGCAACUGAUUUCAACGCCAUCCUAGUCAAGUAUGGUCUUACUCAUCAAGACCUUAAGGAAAUCGAGAGCGUGCUUAUCGACGUUGCCACGGAGGCAGGUAACAUCAUGGUGGCUGCGGAGUACUCCCUCAUCAUGACAGCCCAGACCAAAAAUAACACGUCUGACCUCGUCACCGUGUUCGACAAGCAGAUUGAGGAUAUGGCCGAGGCUCGUUUGCAAAAGGCCUACCCCUCCUUCUACUUCCUCGGGGAAGAGACGUUCAAGGCUGGGACCAAGCUGGCCGACCAACCAACAUUCGUGGUUGAUCCAAUCGACGGCACCCUGAACUUCACACAGGGUGUUCCCAAUUGCGCGAUUUCUCUGGCGCUUACGCUCGACAAGAAGCCUGUCGUAGGUGUGGUGUUCAAUCCCUUUCGUGGGGAUAUGUACCACGCAGUCAAAGGCCAAGGCGCGUUCUUGACGAGGCCGACUACAGGAAACACGAUCAAGCUUCCUGUACAACAGAACCCGAAACCGAUGCCGUCGCUCAAUUCCUGUCUGGUAGCUGUCGAGUGGGGUAACCAGCGCAGGGGCCCUAACUGGGCACUACGCACUUCCGUCCACAACGCCCUUCUGACCUCCAAAGAUGAAGGUGGCGCGAUGUGCAAGUCGGUACGGUCUAACGGCUCCGCAGCAUUAGAUUUCUGCUAUGUUGCACACGGAAUGCUUGAUGCUUUUUGGGAAGGUGGAGUUUGGUCUUGGGAUGUGGCGGCUGGGUGGUGUAUCUUGGAAGAAGCCGGUGGUAUCGUUGCGAGCGCCAAUCCUGGUAAUUGGGACCCAACUCUCGAGGGCCGCCUUUACUUUGCUGUUCGCAACGCUAAGCCCGAGGAACAGAAGGCUGUGGUGGAGGAGCUUUGGGGAUUAAUGGGCGAUCGCAAGUUUGUGUUUUGA